AUGUCUGCUGAAACUCCCGAUCCAGCCCAAGCUUUCGCCGGGAAACUCAUUAAAACCCUCAACGAUGGCGCACUCUGCCUAAUGAUUUCCAUCGGCUAUCGUACGGGUCUCUAUGAUACGAUUUCGACAUUCUAUCCAGAAUUUGUCUCAUCACAAGCGCUCGCAGACAAAGCCAAACUCAACGAACGCUACGUCCGAGAAUGGUUGGGCGCCAUGGUAGUUGGAGGAAUCAUCGAAUACAACAGUGAAUCAAAGACUUACAGACUACCUAAAGAUCAUGCCGCAUUCAUGACCAGAGAAGCAGGGCCUAAGAACGUGGCUGUCUUUGCUCAAUGGAUCCCGUUACUCGGAUCCGUGGAAGAACGCAUUUUGGGAUGCUUCCAGAAUGGAGGUGGAGUACCGAUCGAGGCAUACCAUCGACUCGACGAAGUAUUGGCCGAAAAGAACAACAUCUUUCUUGUUUCUGCGUUGAAAGAUAUGAUUGUCCCUGGUAUUCCUGGACUGUCCGAUAAACUCAACCAAGGAUGUAAAGUACUCGACAUGGGUUGUGGACGCGGCCUCGUUAUUCUUGAUCUUGCUAAACGACAUCCAAAUUGCACUUUCCGUGGGUAUGACAUCUCAUCAAAACUGGUAGCCGAAGCCAAUGCUGAUGUGGCGUCUCUUGGUCUUACUAAUAUCUCUUUCCACGUGCAAAACAUCUCGAGCUUGGAAGAGGUCGGUGAAUACGAUGUGAUCUUGACAUUGGACGUCAUUCAUCAUCUUGCUGACCCAGUAGGCGCAUUGAAGGGGGCUAAUC